GCAGAUUUUUUCUCAUUCUACUUGACGCCGCUGCUCCGCUCGCUGACUGGCAGUGUGGCUGCAGCACCGGGGACCACCAUCUCCCUCGCUGUCCUCCUCCUGCUCCCUCUCGCUCAUCUCCUCCAGCAGGGAUGUAGUGCUCCUCCUCAACUUGAACAUGCUUGGGCCACCUGUGCUUCUCCGGCAGACCUGGUUUUCCUUCGACUUUGUGUGAUUUCUUCUUUUUGCUCUUCCCGUGGGACACUAUUGACUCUGCUUUUCCAUCUUUUGCGAUUUAUUAUUUUUCGGGUGGGUGGGAGGCCAUGGCCCUGAGGGAGAACGUCUUGCCCAUCAGUGAAGUGUCCAGCCCGUUUCCCGAGGUGGUGGAACUCAACGUGGGGGGUCAGGUGUACGUGACCAAGCACUCCACGUUGAUCAGCGUUCCAGACACCACGCUUCAUGCCAUGUUUUCCCGGCGGCCGCUCCGGGACCUGCCCCGCGACAGUCGCGGCCGCUUCUUCAUCGACCGCGAUGGCUUCCUCUUCCGCUACGUGCUGGACUUCCUGCGAGACCGCCAGCUGGUGCUGCCCGACCACUUUCCCGAGAAGGAGCGGCUGCAGCGCGAGGCUGAGCACUUCCAGUUGGCCGAGCUGCUCCGGUUGCUGGCGCCACGUGUCGCCAAGCAGGGAUCGCUCAAUGACGAGGGCUGCCAGAGUGACAUCGAGGAGAGCUCGCAGGGUAGUGACCUGGUCCGUGCGACGACUGUGACCACGGGUGGGUCGGAAAAGCGCUCAGGUUUCAUUACCAUUGGGUACCGUGGUUCCUACACCACCGUCCGCGACAACCAGGCCGAUGCCAAGUUCCGCCGUGUAGCCCGCAUCAUGGUGUGCGGCCGCAUCGCCCUUGCCAAGGAGGUCUUCGGAGACACGCUCAACGAGAGUCGAGACCCCGAUCGGCCUCCUGAGAAAUACACUUCCCGCUUCUACCUGAAGUUCACCUACCUAGAGCAGGCCUUUGACCGCCUCUCGGAGGCUGGCUUCCACAUGGUUGCCUGCAACUCCACCGGUACGGCAGCUUUCAUCAACCAGUACAGGGACGAUAAAAUCUGGAGCAGCUACACCGAGUACAUCUUCUUCAGACCAGCUACCAGGAUGGUAUCCCCCAAGCAGGAGUGUGAGGAGCACAAGCAGGAAAAGCUGCCAGACAAGGGGAGCGAGAGUGGCACGUCCCUGAAUGAGCUGUCCACCUCAAGCUCGGAGACGCACUCGGAGGCCACCUCGCCCCAGGAUGGCCCUACGGAUGGAGGAGGGGUGCUGGCUUCCACAGGCGGCCUACAGCCUGCCUCCCGACAGCCCAGCACUCUCACCCUGGGCCGGCCCUCCAAGAAGGCCACCGUGCAGUGGAUGCAGCUCCCCGACAAGCGACGUAACAGCGAGCUCUUCCAGUCUCUGAUGGGGGGUGGCGGCUGCUGCGGCGGGGGGCCUCGUGAGGGCAGCGGCGGCCUUAGCCGGCGGAAGCUGACGGAGAAAUUGAGCGUUGAGGAGGAGAUGCAACGCUGCAUUGAGGACUUCCAGAAGAUCAAAAUCCCGCAUGCAUUUCCGGAGCGAAAGCGCCAGUGGCAGUCCGAACUGCUUCAGAAGUACGGCCUGUAGACCUCCCUUCUCUUCCUCCUCCUCCUCCUCUUUAUCCUCUCCCUUCCCCUCCAGAAUCUCUGUGCUAGUUGUACACUUCAUAGAAGCGAUCUGGACAGUUUGCCCUGUAUCCUGACCUGUAGGAAGGUCACUAUUAUUGCCCCCCUCAACAUCCCACUGGCACUUUUGAACUUUCAUGACAAUCAGAGGGUUAUUCAGUGAAAUUGCAAAAAGAAAAGGCCUGCAUCUCCUGCCACUGGGAGCACAACCCUUCAUCAAAACAGAUCCCAAACACUAGAAAAUGUUGGACCUCCAGGUUGGAUUUCACACGGCAGUUGCUCAGGCAGUGAGACCCCAAUAGGCGACAUGCACGUGUGUUUCUGAAGAUUGCACCAUGAUAACAUAUCGUUACGGUUGCAUGAGCCAAAAGAAAAAGCAGUAAAAAUUUCUUUACGCUGAUGGCUUAAGACGUUUAUCUAGGACAGGAAAUGUGAGGGGUAAACGGCAUAAAUAAUUGAAUUACAGCUUAUUUCUGGAUCGCCUGUACAAGGAAACGCUUUUCAUAGUUCACGUGAGCCAGUGGGGAGCCCUUAUUUAUUAAGACUGUGCAUUUACACUGUCCAGUCCUGCACAAUGGCUACCGAUUACCUACAAUUUUUUUUUUUUUUAAUUUAUUAACUUGUUUUGUAAAUUAAUCAGUGCUGUAAUCUGUGUGUGAAUGACCAUAUUGACACAAUGUGAUCCAUAUUCUAUGUUUCAAGUGUUUUGAAUCCACACUGUUAGUUGGAAUUGCCAGUUUAUAUUAAACCACGGAAAGUACUGAGCAACAGAUUUCUUUCAUGAGUAAGCGGAUGAAUUAUUGUAAAAAGCUAGCCUAAUGAGGUGCGGAAACAUGUGGCGAUAUCUUCAUGAAACUUAAACUUCACAAGGUGCUCUAAGUGUUCGAAGAAACAUAGUGUUAUGAUGUGCUCUUCAUGGCAAUUUUUUCUGCAAAGUUGGCUGCAGAAAAAUAAAACCAUUAUUUUCUAUGUUAUCCCCAUUGCUGACU